GGUGGUCAAAGUCGUGAAAAGGCGUUCGUCUGUUCAGGAAGAAAGUGGGAAAACACAUCUAAGUGAUGAAUUUAGUGUUUACAGACGGAGGUUUCAGUCCGCGUGCUGCCCACAAACAAUCAGACGGAUUUUACAAACUACUUUUCCUCCGUGUCGGAGGACGCUGGAGGGUCUCUGGUGAACUCUGUGGAUCUGGUCCGCAGUCAACAGCGCUGUUUUGAGGCUGACGCACCAGCAGGAGAGGAAGGCGGGGGGCUGUCACAGCAGCAAGCUGGGCUAGGCUAGGCUAGCUGAUUAGCAUGCUAGGCUAGCAGCUUCAGCCCUAGGAAAACCCUGAAGUUGGAGAAACUUUGCCAGGGCUAAAACAUGAGCGGCAGCCCGUCGGCUAAGCGACUGCUUCAGAAUCCGUCGGGAAGAUAAAAAUAACACAAUUUUACCGUAAAAAACGCGUUAGCUUGGCAGCGUUAGCAUUGCCAGCUAACUCCCAUCAGCGUUUGUCAACACGUCCAGGUUCAGACAGCAGGGAUGUAACGGAAAUUAAAACACCUCAACUCACUUUAUGGACAUGUUCAGAAAUAUAGCUUGAUUUUCGAGCUGUCGGUGAGUGGUUUUGUUAGCAUGGAGCGACGGCAGCUCGGCAGCAGCUCGGAGCGGUUACAUAACGCCAGCAGGUCGCGGGAGAAGCUGCUGAACGUCGCCUCCUCAGUCCGGCUCUGACAGCUGUAAACUGCUCCGACAACCCCCAACAGACAGACAGACAGACACCAACCACCACAACACAGCAGCAUGGAGGAGGACUGAGCCUGCUGACAGACAGACAGCACAGACACAAGACGGCACAUUGAGCUGAAUAUGGAUUCUAACCCGCUGAUAAACGCCAUGGACCCCUCCAUCACACUGUGGCAGUUCCUGCUCCACCUGCUGGAGGACCAGCGGCAGCGUCACCUGAUCUCGUGGACAGGUGAGGAUGGAGAGUUCAAGCUGCUGGACGCUGAGGAGGUCGCCCGACUGUGGGGGCUCCGCAAGAACAAACACAACAUGAACUACGACAAACUGAGCCGAGCACUACGAUACUACUAUGACAAGAACAUCAUAAAGAAGGUGAGCGGGCAGAAGUUUGUCUACAAGUUCGUCAGUCAGCCCGACCCCUCUCUACCUGAGGGGGUCCGCAACGGAGAGGAGGGCCAGAGAAGGGACAGUGCCGACCCAAACAGCCAAUCAAAAGUCCUCGGGGGCGUGACCUCAGGCUGCCCGACAAAGGGCUUACCCCAGCGCUCGUCACCCAGCAGCUCCCAGAAAAGCUCCCGUAAUGACUACAUGAAAUCCGGCCUCUACUCCACCUUCACCAUCCAAUCGCUGCAGGCCUCACCCAACCCACGGCCAAUCAAAACAGAGCUGCUGCUGCAACAAGACCCUGCCCCUAAGGUGGAUCGCACGCCCAGAGAGGUCUGCGUACUAUCGGAGUCUAAAUCCUCUCCGUCAGUCGGUGACUCUGCUCUCCAGGUGAUCGUCACUCAGCCGUCUCCGUGUCCAACUCCAGCUCUCAGCCCCCAGAUACCAGCCAACACUGCCAGCCAAUCACAGAAUCCUCCUGCUCCUCCUCUGAGCGACCCUCCUCACAUUUAUCUCACCAGCGUCGGGGAUCCAUCCUCCCUCACCCCCCUCAUCCCCCUGGGUCCGGUCGGGGGGUCGGUGAGUCCUGUCCCGCCCCCCCACGUGUCCAUGGGCCCCCAGGGGCCGCAGCAGGAUGACUGCGGGGGAGUCGCCAACCCGGCUGCCUUCCCUCCUCACGCCGCCCCUCACCCGACUCACCCCCCACCUGUCUUCGUCAUCAUCAACCCUCCUCCCCCCCAGCAGCAGCAGCAGCAGCAGCAGCAGCAGCAGCAGCAGCAGGCGCCUAUGGCGGCCACUCCUCCUGCUAUCGCUCCUCCUCCCUCUGCUCCUCCCCCCACCCGUCCCCCGCCUCCCCCCAUCGUCAUCAAGGAGGAGAACCUGCCGUCAGAGGAGGAGCUGCUGGAGAUGGUGUCUCUGGAGGAGAAACAGGUGGAGGAGGUUCCUCAGCUGAUCUGUGGCUCAGGGGAACCGGAGUCCCCGCUCACCAUUGUGGAGAGCCCACCUUGCAUGGAGCCUGGGGCCGGAGGUCAGCAGAAUGCAGGGGAGGGGGUGACGGAGGAGGAGGUCAAGGACACGCCAACAGAUCCCUCCACCCCUCCGGUGAUGUCCUCCUCGGCUGUGACUCCUCCGGUGACCUCGACAUCCGACGCUGUUCCUCCCAAACCAAAGAAGCCGCGGGGCCUGGAGCUGCCCUCCUCCCCCUCCCUUCCCCCUGGCCUCUCCCUGGAUAAGGUGAAUGCGGCUGUUAACAGUUUAUUGGCUCCAGGAUCAGCGACCAACACGCUCACCCCAACAGUCAUCACCUCCCACGCUCUGACUCCGGUCCUGUUGACUCCCAGUCCUCUUCCCUCCACCAUCCACUUCUGGAGCACACUGAGUCCCAUCGCUCCUCGCUCCCCGGCCAAACUCUCCUUCCAGUUCCCCACUAACGGCAGUAAUCAGAUCCACAUCCCGGCUCUGAGCGUCGAUGGUCUGUCCACCCCUGUGGUUCUCUCCCCCGGACCCCAGAAACCCUGAGCUCCCUGCCCGCCUCAAGCAGCUCCUCACUGGGCACAGAACUCGCCUCGCUUCCCGGAGGAAGACUGGAUCUGGACUGAUUCUGAAACUCUCAGGAACCAGGAGCCACGUAGUUUUUGGGCACUGUUGCCUGACUGGGAGAGGCGGUUUAUGGGGACCUUUCAUUUGUGGAAUUAGUCACAGCCAGAGAAUCAUCGUCCAAACAGACAGAAGUCCCAGUUUGUUGAACGUUGGAGAUGCCGGAGCCUCCGGACGCCUCUGACGAUGCUUUUUAAAUGUGCAGAGAGCAGGUGGGUGUCUGGGCCUCAUCCACCUGAAACCCUCCCCUCGUUUCUCUCAGAGCGUCUGUAGCAGCAGUCGGACACUGUCGAGGGGUCGGUUGAAAACAGCUGCUUCUCCUGACUUUGAACGCGUCUUUGAAAGCUGACAGCAGAACAGAAAUCACAUCUAAAGGUGGAGAACGACGAGGUGGAGGGCUUUCUUUUCUUCUUCUACUGAGGGCUGCAACUUUGAUAUAAAGAUAGUUUAUAACGGAUUAACUGUUGGUCUGUCAACAAACUGAUGCUUCAGUUCAACCGACAGACUCAGUUUAUAUGAGGUAAAAUAAACUGGAACCAGAUGUUUGUUACUGGAGAAGCUUUGAUUUAAUAUCAGAACUGAUUUACUGUUACAGACUGACCGAAGACUGAAGGCCGGCAGACCUCGUUUCCUGUCAGUUCAUCUCGGAUCAAGCAGAAAAGACUUUUCCAAAGUAACCGAAGUGGUUUUGAUCAGAAACUUCGUGUUCAUGAGGAAACUUCUGGAUUCACGUGAAGCCGGGAUUCAGAUUGAUCGCAAAUCUUUCACGCUGCGUCUCUUUCGGGGCGUUUUGAUGUUUAUCGUCUUUUUUUUAAGUAGUUAUUUAUUUCAGUUUCCUGUUUUCAGUGCAGUGUUCUCUGCACAUUCUUUAAUAAUACUUGGCUGCUUUCUGGUGGUCAUCAUGGCUCCUGACUGUACUGGGCAAGCUUGAUUUAAUCACUCCCAGAUAAACAUUUUAUUAACUCUCAUCCACUUUUAGGUCUGUUUAAUGGUUUUUGCUUCGCUCUUAUUGGCCGCAACCUUUCCUCCAGUUAUGCAUGGCCUGUUAUUGGACAGAACUCCUCUGCUUCAUUUUGAACUGACCAAUCACAGAGGAGGGAUGGGGAUGGUGAUGGAUUUUCAGCCUUCGUCGGGAGUUUUUACACAGCCAAGUUCUUUCUGUAUCAAAGUCUCUUUCUGUGACAGAUUGUAUAUUUUAUAAAGGAAGAAGUUUUCCAUGUGAACUGAAGCGACUCUGCAGGAGAACAGAGUGAAAUCUGUUCAGAGGUUUUAUUGAGGACAUAGUCACAUUCCUUCGGCUUCAAAUUGUCGAUGAUGCGUUUGUUUUAUUGAUAAAUAACUGAGGAUCAUUUAAAAGCAACAUCAUGCAAGACUUAAUAUUUUUGAGCGCUUACAGUUUCUGAGUGCAGUUCGCUUUUACUCCGCUGUCAUACUGAGGUGACUUACAGCAGCUGCGACCAGGACCCUGAUCUGGAUCUUAUUUUAUGGAGCAAAGGUUUCCUGGUUUUUCCUCUGAUGUCCUCCAGCUUCUCUGCCUCAACUCUCCUCAAGGACAGAUAGCUUCACUUGUUGCUAAAGGGGCCGCUAACUGUGGCUGCCAUUAGCUAGAUAGCUCAGUUAGCCGUACAGUGAGAGGUCCUAUUAGCCAGCUAGCCCACUGCCCUGCCCCUGCCGGCAGUCCCUGCUAAACCUUCACCACCUACGGGUGGUCCAGGCCCUCUGUUCUAGUGGUGUAAACACCAACACUCCCCCGGUGCUCCGAGCUCACAUUUCGGGCUGACUAAGCUAGCUGCACAGCUGACUAAGCUAACAGCUAAUGGCAGUUAGCAGCCUUUAGCGGUUACAUUAGCAACAAGUAAAGUUGUCUUUACGUUAUGAAACUUCAUAAAUCACCUAAUUAUUUUCUCCAUAAAAUUUGAUCCAGUUUCACCAAACUCAGUGAAUAAAGUUGUAAAAUGUUGGUAGAGUAUCAGCAAGGCCGCCCACAGAAACACUCCGCUCCGCCGUCUGUCGCUCAUCCAACCUCGUUCAUGUCUCAUCUGUGGUCCGACAAACAGGAAAUUCAUCAUGUUCAGUAGCUGCUGUAGCUCUCACAUUUCUGUUGGAAAAACGACAGACGUGUGCUGACGACGCUAACUUCUUCCUAGCUGACACCUGUAGUUGAAGGUGUGUGACGGAGUUGCAGAGUGUGACGUUCAGUCAUUGCACCGUCAGAAGGAUUUUAACGGGUUGCUUUGAAGCGAAGUGGUUGCGUAAUGUUGCUUUAAUUCAGCGUUCAUUCCAGACGUGCAGUAGGCGUUUGUUGAGCAGCUUUGACUGGUGACUGCUGGAUUCCAGGUGUUAUAAAUCUGCGGCGAUGUUGCCACAAGUUUUCACGUUAACAAUCGUUUUCUCUUCCUUCGAGAACGUUGCUGCUUCAUCUGUCUGUUAAAGUGACGACUGAAUGUUCCUCACAGCCUUAUUCACACCUGACGGCAUAUUAAUGGAAAGGGCUGCUUUGAGAACAAUUUGUGACAACUACACCUUUUCCCUGAUGACUGAGUGACUCCAAUGAGGUAGACCACUUAGACCUCAUGUUGUUUGUCAGUCAGUCGCUGAGUCAGUGAACUACAUCAACUUUGACCUUUGAGUCAAAAAUGUAGGAAGCUAUCGUAGCUUAUUAGCUGUGUGUGACCAUCCAGUGUUACUCCUCUGAGAUUCGACGUGAUUUGAAUAACUUGAACUUGUGGCAACAUCAAAAUCAGCAGAAACACCGAAACAGAGCUGCAGCUUUCUGCAAACCAUAAAGUUUUAAAUUUGUGUUUUUUUUCCCCCCAAAUCCAAAGUGAGGCUGAACCACCGGUGGACACACAGUGACGCGUGUUAUGGUUCUAAAGAGACUGUUGUUGUUAUUGUUGUUAUUGUCGUUGUUGUUGUUUAUGAUGCUAUAUGAGCUCUGUGGUUGCCACGGUAGCCCGACCCCCUGACUGUUGCUGAGCUGCAGGUUGUUGCUGUCGUUGCUGUUAUUGUUGCUGCGGAGCUGAAGCUCCUCGUGAUGACGCUGUUGACGUGUUUCUAUGCUUCUGCGUGUGACGACGAGGCUGCUGACACACACACACACACACACACACACACACACACACACCAGGAACUGAGUGAAGCUGAACUUUUGAAUUCAGUGAAACUGAAGUCGUGAGUAAAAACAACAUGAACACUUCUGACAAAAGGAUGUUUAAAUACUUAUUACUUCACAGCUGUUCCCAUUUUUGUCGUGUCAUGCUAAGCUAACUCAGAUUGAUGAUGGAUCAGACGGUUUCCGCUUAAGUAGAGUUUGGGUUCAGGUUUCAUUUUGAGUGUUUCAUAUCAGAUUUAAGACUCUGUUGAUGUACACUAUAUUGCCAAAGUAUUGCCUUGACUCGCGUAUGCACUUCAGUGGCAUCCCAUUCUUAAUCCAUAUGGUUUAAUAUGACGUCGGCCCACCCUCUGCAGCUAUAACAGCGUACUUUACACCACUGCAUGCAACGCUUUGCAUUGCACGUGGUGAUGUAUGGCUUGAAUGCAGUUGCUCGGCCAUAGAAGUCCAUUCCCUGAAGCUCUCUUCGUGCUGUUUUUGAGCUAAUCUGAACGCCACAUGAAGUUUGGAGUUCUAUAGCGAUUGACUCUACAGGAAGUUGGCGACCUCUGCGCACUAUGCCCCUCAGCAUCCACUGAUUCCCGCUCCAUCAGUUUAUGUGACCUACCACUUUGUGGCUGGGUUGCUGUCAUUCCCAAUCACUUCCACUUUGUUAUAAUACCACUGACAGUUGACUGUGGAAUAUUUAGGAGCGAGGACAUUUCACGAUUGGACUUGUUGCACAGGUAGCAUCCUGUCACAGUACCACGCUGGACUUCACUGAGCUCCUGAGAGCCACCCGUUCUUUCACAAAUGUCUGCAUGCCGUUGUGCUUGAAUUUAUACACCUGUGGCCCUGGAAGUGAUUGGAACACCUGAUUAUUCGGAUGGGUGAGCGAAUAUUUUUGGCAAUAUAGUGUAUCUGUAAAUCAGACUCAGCUCGACUCCAGCUGGUGAUGAAAGUUAUUUCCUCAAUUAGUUGAUCAAUUGUUUGGUCUAUAAAACCCAAAAAUACUCAGCUGACCAAAAAAAUAAAUAAUAGAAAAAUAAAAGCAGGAGGUUGUCAGUUGAGACGCUGGAAGAAUCACCUGGUGUCUCAUGAACGUCACCUGGUGUCUGGUGAGCUCAUGAACGUCACCUGGUGUCUCGUGAGCUUGUGAACGUCACCUGGUGUCUCAUGAACGUCACCUGGUGUCUCAUGAACGUCACCUGGUGUCUCGUGAGCUCAUGAACGUCACCUGGUGUCUCGUGAGCUUGUGAACGUCACCUGGUGUCUCAUGAGCAUCACCUGGUGUCUGGUGAGCUCAUGAACGCCACCUGGUGUCUCAUGAACGUCACCUGGUGUCUGGUGAGCUCAUGAACGUCACCUGGUGUCUCGUGAGCUUGUGAACGUCACCUGGUGUCUCAUGAACGUCACCUGGUGUCUCAUGAACGUCACCUGGUGUCUCGUGAGCUCAUGAACGCCACCUGGUGUCUCGUGAACGUCACCUGGUGUCUGCUUGUACUUAUUCGUUAAUGACACAGCUAUUUGUCAAAUAGUUUUCUUUUCAAACACCAGGUGACGUUCAGACGCCGUCAGAGGUAACAGCGUUCGAGGAGUCCUCAGCACCGCCCAGGACGGAGGGUUGUCUAGAAAAUCCAGUUGCUUCCAGUGUUAUUAUUCGUUAUUUAGAGCUGAUAUGAUCAACCAGAUCCAACCUAGAACCAGAUCCCACCUUGAAUCAGCUAUCAGAACCCGACCCGACUUCUUUGAAUUUUUUUGUCCAAAAGUGGAAAAACCUUCCACUCAGGAGACAUCUGCAUAAAAAUCUGAAAGUCUGCCGACGUUUUCAUUCAGUUCAUUUCAGCCUCAGAUCAGUUCCUGACGGUGUGAUUUCCCAGCCUCAGUGGUGACAUAAACGCAGCACCCAGCCAUCGUGUUCGACUGUUCUCUCCUUUACAGCAUGACUCUAUUUUUCUACCAGAGACGACGUGUUUUUAUUGUGUAUAAAGUCUAAAGAGCGACAAAGCCUUAAAGAUUUCCGAGCUGCAGCAGAAGAAAGAUGCAUCAUUGUUUUUUAAAAUGAUCACAGCUUCAUCUUUCAGAGCAUGACGAUGAAAAUAAGCCAUUUCUAGUGGAAAGCUUUGAGUCCGACAUCUUUAACAUCAAGCUAACGUUUCUCUCACCAGCAGAACAUGAAGAAUGUUUUUAUAUUGAUUAGUAACCGUGUUGCAUUCUGGGUAACAUCCAGACCAUUUUUAAAACUGGCCGUCAUGUUUGCUGGAAGUACACUGUAAAAAAUGAUGUGCCGGUUGAAUCAUGAGUAACGAUAACUGUACUACAACAGAAUGACCUUUAAACAUUUGAAUGUUUAGGUGUUUGUUAUUAGAAAAGUCAGCCACCAUGGUUGAAAACAUUAUUGCAGUAUUGAUUAGGGUCUAUCAAUUUCUGAUAUCGGUUUAUGUUGUGAUAUAAAUUUCCUGGAAAAUGAGUUAAUGUUUUUAGGUAAUCCAACAUGUGAAAUAAUGUGAGAUAAAAAACAAAGUCCAAUAUUUUGUGAAUCAGCACAGAUUGAUCAUUGAUUGAUUAUCGAUUGAUGAAAUGAUCGAACGCAGGGAGAGAUAUUAAAGGGACAGAUUAACUGGUAUCAACAGGUUUCUACAUUUCUGAGGUCUGAGACAUUUGCAGUCAUCCGCAGCACUGCGACUAGCAGUAAUUAAAUACAGAGUGAUUACAGCAGCGAUGAGAUCCAGACGCGGCGACGCGUUCGGACACCUGAAGCGGCGUUGACGAUGUUCGGUCGAGAUCUGGCACAUCACUUUUCACACGUGUUGAAGAAUCCAGCGCUGAUCUGAGUGAUCUGCUCCCUGCUGAUCGCAGAUCAUAAACUGCGGCAGCAUCACGUCUCUCAGAAGAUUGUCGCUCUCAAACUGCAGAAGCGUUUGUACUGCAGAGCUCUCAUAGGCUCACGCUUCGGUCACAUGUCUGACUGCUGCUGUUCUCACCUGUCGACGAUUGUUGUCGAACUUCAGGAGGUUCAUCCUCUGAUCUCUGAAGUUUAUUUUUGCCAUCAGAUUUUUAGGAACAUCUGUUGGAAUCUGGAGCUUUCUGUCUGAUCCUCCUGUUGCCAUGGAGAUGACUCCAUUAGAGCUGCAGUCAUUGAUCCACUAUCUAAAAAUGAAUUGAUCAGGAGUUGUGAAUUGAUUGAGGUCAAAGAUCAACCUGCAUCAACCACAUAGCAACAAACACUGAAGCUCUCUGAUUGGAUGAUUCUGACAGCAAUGCCCUCUGGGACCUCCCUGAAAUGAACACAGUCAGCUCAGUGGCCAAAAGUAUGUGGACAGCGCUUAACGCCAGUCCACAGAAAGGUAUCCUGAACAGAUACAUAUCAAAUGUAUUGAUCUGUACUGACUGUGGGUCUCCAGCCCUCACCUGUGCUCUGCUGUGUGAUCAGCUGAAUGACAUGAAAGCAAAUGACUGCUACACUGUUUGACUGAACAGGUCUAACCUUUAAUAUUUAAUACAGCCGUAGUGUUCAUGUAGCGAGAAUCAGAAAUUAUUGAUCAAGCUUCCAGUGUUUCUGCAGGCAGGUCCCCAGCAGAAAUCAAUCAAUCAAUCAAUGAAAUCAAUGCAGAGUUCUUCCUGUGGAGCUGACAUGAAAACUGUUUUUAAUAAGUGAAUUUCUGCUAAGAGCCACAAAGUCUAAUAAAAAACAGUCUGACUGUUUAAAACAUCAAACCAGACUAACUGACCACAUACUUACGGCCAUGUGGUGAAUUUAUAUUGAAACAUGGUCACUAAGAAGACUCCGUGCAGUUUAACUUUGGGAGUGUCCCAUGAUUCUUUGCAGCAGAUGACAUCAGACAGGAAGCUCUGGGAGCAGGCGAUGACUCUUACCUUGAAUUGUAAACAUGUUUUCUAUCAGCAGGUUCGUGUGGAAACCUUUUCUGUACAUAAUCUAAAUAUAACCUGAUCGUACAAAUCUAUAUAUUGUGUACGUGUGACGGGCCUGGGGAGUGUUGCUGAUGUGUUGUUUCUGUGGCCUCUCGUCGCUGUCAGAUCCUGCGUGGCCCCGCCCCUCCUCAGCUGUGAUUGGCUGGGGAGUUUAUUGAUGUAAGGGGGCGGGCCUGCUUUUAUUUUUCUGAGACAGAGUUCUACAUGUUCCACGUGUCGUUUACUGGAGACAAUAGAAGAAAAGCUAUUUUUAUGGACUUUUGUUGGUGUAAAUGUUCUACAGAUGAUUCCUGGUUUUCUACAAGAUGAACGUUCACACAAACACACACACAGACACACAGACACACACUCUCUCUGGGAGGACGUAAUAAAACUAUUUUGUU